AUGCGCCUCCCACCACUAAUCCCAUUCGUCCUCGCCACCCUACCCUUCGCGCAUUCCACGACCAUCAAUUUCACCACCUCGAACAUUCCCAAUCCCUACCUCAACUCCCCACUUCUCAACGACCCCGGCACGCCCUACUUCCCUGAGGACGUUUCUAACCCCUCAAAUCUCACCUACAACCCCUGGCCCACGCCAAAAUUCGCCCAACGUAUCCCCCAUUUCCCUGACAGAUACAACAUCUACCUCUCCGUCCACCCUUACGACGAACCGACUGGAUAUCCCCCACUCGUAAUGGCAAAUCUACAGGACUUCCUCACCGAGUUCGCAGGGCGACUACGACACGAAUAUCCCCCCGUCACCACCAGUCUCAACGCCUCGGUGCUCAAAUCACGCGAUAUCCCCACAAACGAAGACGACGGCGACCAGGAAGGAGGCGGCAAAAUCCACGCCCUGUCCGUCGGUGCGGAUGCCCUCGACCCAGAGAGCGCGGUAAAAUACGACAUCUCGCUGAAUCGGGGGUUUUGGAUGCGGGAGAUCUUGACGGAGCUGGCGGAGGCGAGUUUGGAGGCGUUUAAGAGGCUUUUAAUUAGGCAUGGGGCUGCGAGUGUGAUCAUUGCUAUCUGUGAGGGGAGCCCGGAGCAGGGGUAUCGGAGCCCGGAAUCAGUUUGGAGGAUGAGUAUUGUGCCGUUGGGGAGGUAG